GUAAAAAAUUGCUGUUAAAAAACGGAGAAUUUUGGACAGUAAUUUACCGUUUUUCAUAAACACAGUUGAAUACUGUAAAUGAAAAUGAAUUUGACGUGCAAACUAAUAACAGCAAGCUGCUGUUCAGUCUUACGGAAUAAUACAGUAUUUUUUUUGUCUGGUCAGGCACGUCAGACAUGUGACUAACUCAUCUGCAACGAGGCACAUUAACAGUCAAAUAGAUUUAAUUACGCUGUUUUUCGGCACUUUAUUAUUUGAGAAGGAAGCGGAAUUAAAAGAGGAUCGAAUUUCACUCUGACUGUGACCCUGCCAGGACCGAGACAGACGCGAAUUCGCGUGUUUUUUACUCUUCGCCUGUGUACAGUAUAUCAAGGGAUGAUCAUUAAAGAAUGUGGGCAAGGAAUAGUGAAGUAUUUGAUGACCAAAGCAAAGAACAAGCCUGUCAUCUCCGAGGGUGAAGAUGCGGAGCUGACUCUCAUCCGGCUGCUGAUGGCCUACUUUGAUGAGAAAACAGAGGGACUGAUACUCCGUGCUGAUAUGUCUGCCACUGCGGCAGAUGUUGAGCAAACCCUGACCCUCCCUGCUAGUCCAAGGCUGAUACUGCUGGUUGCUGGUGAUGAAAUCACACUUGGAGGUUGGAUGAUCAGCAUCGAAAACAACAUAAUCUGUGAAGGCAUCCAGCAAAGCUUCAUCAGAGGGCUGGCUGCAGUUUUCGCCACCUACUAUGUUUUCAACUUGCAAUACCAAGAGGAAGCUGCAAGGACACUGGAGUUUGUCCAAAGACGCUUAAUUGGUGUGAACCCUGAGAGGGGAACUAAAGCCAGCCAGGUGAAGUUGUCCAAGAAAACAGGAAAGCUGGUCACGAAAAAGGCAGCAACUGUGAAUCCCCAUGUGGCCACCCUGAUCAAAAACCUCAUGGACUUUGAGUGGGGUUUUAUUUUUUUUAUAGUUAUUUUAUUUGAAGGUGAUGACACAGCAUUGUGUUCAGCAACCAGAACUGUACUGUGUUCAGCAACCAGAUGUUUAAGAAAAGUCACAGGAUUGUGUUCAGCAACCAGAUGUUUAAGAAAAGUCACAGGAUUGUGUUCAGCAACCAGAUGUUUAAGAAAACUCAAAACAUUGUGUUCAGCAACCAGAUGUUUAAGAAAAGUCACAGCAUUGUGUUCAGCAACCAGAUGUUUAAGAAAAGUCACAGCAUUGUAUUCAGCAACCAGAUGUUUAAGAAAAGUCAAAACAUUGUGUUCUGCAACCAGAUGUUCCUGUGCAGUCACAGUGUAUUUUGAAAUGCUGUGAUAUUUAUGUGACAUGUUUUAUUCAGCCCAGUCUCAUUGUUGAGGCAGAAGAAGAA